AUGAUAAAGGAAAGUACAGAGAGAUUGGGCUGCAAACUUGAGGAGAGAGGAGGAAAGUCUCUGCAAAAGAGCUUUUCUCUCUCUCUCUUCCCAUGGCGGAUUCACACUUUGAAUCCAACAUUUCGUGUUCAUAUUGUUCUUGAUUCAAUAAAGGGUCUUUCGACCAAAAUUUUCGCCCCAUAUUCAGCCAUACGUUUAAGGGCAUAUUUCAAGAAAAAGAAGAAUAAACCAAACCCAUUUUCAGCAGAUUAUAGACCUGGGGGUUCAAACAAGCCUCUUGUAUUGAAAGACCCCACGGGUCACAAAAUCAAAGAGAGAUAUGAUCUUGGCCGGGAGCUGGGUAGAGGCGAAUUUGGGGUUACAUGUUUGUGUAUUGAUGUGGAGUCUAAUGAGAAAUUUGCGUGCAAGACAAUAUCGAAGAAGAAGCUCAAGACUGCAGUUGAUAUUGAGGAUGUGAGGAGAGAGGUUGAGAUCAUGAAGCAUUUGCCUAAACACCCGAAUAUUGUGACCUUGAAUGAUACUUAUGAGGAUGACGAUGCAGUGCACAUCGUGAUGGAACUAUGUGAAGGUGGUGAAUUAUUUGAUCGAAUUGUGGCGAGGGGACAUUAUACUGAGAGGGCAGCUGCAGUCGUUAUGAAAACCAUUGUGGAAGUUGUUCAGAUGUGCCACAUUCAAGGAGUGAUGCAUCGUGAUCUCAAACCGGAGAAUUUUCUUUUUGCCAAUAAGAAAGAAAUGGCACCCCUAAAAGCAAUUGAUUUUGGUUUGUCAGUUUUCUUUAAACCUGGUGAGCGCUUUAAUGAGAUUGUGGGAAGUCCUUAUUACAUGGCUCCAGAGGUUUUAAAACGCAACUAUGGGCCUGAGAUUGAUGUGUGGAGUGCCGGAGUUAUCCUUUAUAUUCUUAUUUGUGGCGUUCCACCUUUCUGGGCAGAAACCGAGAAAGGAGUAGCCCAAGCAAUUGUUCGAUCUGUUGUUGAUUUCAAGAGAGACCCAUGGCCUAAAGUAUCCGAAAAUGUGAAGGAUCUUGUGAGGAAAAUGCUCGACCCGGAUCCAAGUCGGCGUCUCACGGCUCAGCAAGUGCUUGAGCAUCCCUGGUUACAGAAUGCGAAGAAGGCUCCGAAUGUUUCUCUGGGUGAGACAGUGAAAGCAAGGCUCAAACAAUUUUCCGUGAUGAACAAACUCAAAAAAAGAGCUCUAAGGGUGGUGGCUGAGCAUUUAACUGUGGAAGAAGUUGCCGGAAUAAAGGAAACAUUUGGCAUGAUGGACACUGGAAAUACAGGUAAAAUCAACCUCGAAGAACUUAAAACUGGUUUGCAAAGGCUUGGCCAUCAGAUACCUGAUGCAGAUCUUCAGAUUCUCAUGGAAGCUGCUGAUAUCGAUGGAGAUGGAACUUUGAAUUGCGAGGAAUUUGUGGCUGUUUUGGUUCAUCUUAGGAAAAUGGCGAAUGAUGAACACCUACACAAAGCUUUUGCCUUCUUUGAUCAGAAUGGGAGUGGUUAUAUAGAGAUUGAAGAGUUGAGGGAUGCUUUGAGUGAUGCAGAUGGUGCCAAUAAUGAGGAAGUUAUCAACGCUAUCAUGCAUGACGUUGACAUAGAUAAGGACGGACGCAUAAGUUAUGAAGAAUUUGCUGCAAUGAUGAAGGCCGGAACAGAUUGGCGAAAAGCAUCUAGACAAUAUUCUCGAGAACGAUUCAACAGCCUCAGCUUAAACUUAAUGAGGGAUGGCUCUCUACUGUUAUCCAACGAGGGUAGAUGA